CCGGUGCUAGGAUCGGAUAUCAGUGCGGAAAGCAUAAAAUCGCCAGCUCUCAUUGAACCCCACACACUUGCGCAUGCACAGGCCGCUCUGUGUGUGUGUGUGAGGUUUAUCCGCAGAUUAGGUGCGGUCGUUUUAUACAAUAAUAUGUCUUUAACUGCUCUGCUGAAGCAAUUAUAAAUAUGUUCUGCAAAACUAAGAGAGCCAACAACAAUAUAAGCCCGUUUUGUGUGUACCAUGAAAAAGGACGCCCAACCGCUUCGGAAUUAUGUAUGUGCAUACAUAUAUAAAUACCCAUGAAUGUAAAAACAACAACAAUCGCAAUAGUAAAUAAAAAUUCUUUCUUUUUCUAUGACUGAAAUCUUAGUUUCGUAUAGAGCUAAAAUCUAAAAAAAUUCUUUGCAAUUAUUCAGCAUUAAUGUUUGCGGCCUUGACAUAUCCCUAGAGCACUCAUAAAAAGUGAUCGAUGCAACAAAUAACUAAUAAUAUGUGCAAUAUGCGAAUCUCAAAGAGGUGUGAUGUUCAUAAGCCUGUGGCAUAUACACGCAUUAUUUGUUAUGCACAUUUUAAAAAAUGUUAAGCACAACAAAGUGAGUGAGAUAGUGUGUGUAUACCUAAUUAAGUGUGCAGCUGCUUUUACAUUUGCCUUAAAGACUGAUAAGUGCGAAUACCUUCGACGAAAACCAUGCCCAACAUAAAAAUAACCUACAUGAAGAAAGUCAGUCUAUGUAUAUAUGCCAUUUUUCCAUGUGCGAGUACACAUAUACAUAUAUCAAGUAUUCACAGAGUAAAUUUCAACAAAAUAUAGUUACUCACCAACAAUUCUGUGUUUGUUACGCGAUAUUUCUUAAAAUCUCUCAUGCCCCAAGCUGUUGACAGUAGCCGAGUAGUAGUACAAAUUGUCUAUGUCCAUAAAAUCAUAGCAAACAUUUAAAAGUUUACCAGGAACUAUUUUGUUCCCGGAUUUCGCACGCAAGCAUUUCUAAGAAAUGGCUUCCAGUAAUAUCUCUUACAAAGAAAGUAGAAGUAGGCUUAAAAGUAAACAAAACUUUUGCUGCCGAUGUGAUCAACUCAAUUACCAUACGCAACGUCAAAGGAAAGAAUCAUAUUUUGUGGAUAAAAUCAGUAACCACUUUUACGAAUCACUUUUUAGCCUACGACAACAAGCAUGUCUAUUAAGUUGGCUAACGACGUGUCGAAUAUUAACUUUAUCUCUGUUAAUAGUAUUACUCUGUCCGGCAGAUGUAAUGAGUGUGGAUCCCAAAUUCGAUCCAUCAACAAGAAUGCGUCUUGUUCUUGUUCCAGCGGAUGCACAAGUGGGCUCUGUUAUAUACCGACUACGUGCGACGGAUGAAGAGUUCGACUAUCCGUUGACAUUCGAAUUCGUGGGAGACGCUUCGUCAUCGACAGUUAAAAUUGAGUCACUGCCAUGCACAAAAUAUAAUUCUGUGUGUCAAGCGAAUGUCGUGCUACAGCGGCGUUUGGAACCCGGUCGCUACUACGAUUUUCAGGUUUCCGUUAAAGAUACAAAAGGAGGCAUGGUCACCCAAUUGUGUUCAAUAACAGCAACAAAUUUUACUACCCCUCAUGACAUAAUUUUUCCUCAUAAACCUGGCAUUAUAAUGAUAGCAGAGGACGCCAAACGCGGAACUGAACUGGACUACGUUAUAGCACGAAAAAAUCCACUGUAUCAAAAACCUGUUUACCUUGAGUUGUGGGGAUCACCUCUAUUUGCAAUCAGACAAAAGAUUGUAUCUCCCGAAACCACAGAGGGGACUGUGUUUUUACUUGGACCUUUGGAUUUUGAGAAGCAAGCAAUGUAUCACUUGAGCAUCUUAGCAAAUGAUGCCUACGCUGAACCUGGCCAAGAUAGUCGAAAUAUAGCUGGAAUGGAAAUUGUGGUAAUCGUGCAAGAUAUUCAAGACCAACCACCAGUAUUUACCAUGGCGCCACCGGUUACAAAGCUCCCACCUGGUAUUCUUCCUGGGGACAAGAUUUUACAAGUUCAUGCCGAAGAUGGUGAUAAAGGAAGCCCACGAGAAGUUCGUUAUGGUUUGGUGUCUGAGGGAAAUCCGUUCACAUCAUUCUUUGACAUAAAUGAAACCAGUGGUGAAAUUUUUCUAAUGCGGCCGCUUGAGGAUAUCGCUGCAAUCACACAUAUAGGAGACCCAGUAUUGCUGACGGUAAUUGCUGAGGAGGUUAAGGUUGGUCGCGAUGAACCUCCAGUUAUGGCUUCCACAGUUCAGUUAGCAUUUUUCUUGCCAGAACGCACUAACUCUCCACCCUAUUUCGAAAACGAUCACUACGUAUCGAGGGUGGAUGAAAAUGCUCCACAAGGUACAGCCCUUACAUUUGUCGAUCCAUAUGUACCAAGAGUUUAUGAUGACGAUACUGGCAAGAAUGGUGUUUUUUCUUUGACGUUGUUGAAUAAUAAUGGAACAUUUGAGAUAUCGCCAAAUGUGGCCGAGCGCAGCGCAUCGUUCCUUAUAAGGGUGCGAGACAACAUCUUACUGGACUACGAAGAAAGACAAACAGUGGAAUUUCAGAUACUGGCACAAGAACUUGGACCUUCAACCAAUCUCUCGGCAAUCGUCAACGUAACUGUUUAUAUCAAUGAUGUUAACGACAAUGCCCCAGUAUUUUCACAACUAAUGUACACAGUGGAGUUGCCAGAAAACAUGACUGUGGGAACCAAAGUAGUCGAGGUUCAAGCAAAUGAUGCCGAUACUGGUAUGGGAGGCAGAGUGCGCUACACUGCAAUACUUGGGUACCUAAAUACUUCUCUGAACUUAGAUGCAGAAACGGGUUUAAUAACAGUAUCAACAAAUAAUCAUGGAUUUGACAGAGAAGUUAUGCCAGAGUAUCACUUGUAUGUAGAGGCGCGCGAUAAUGACGGAACCGGGAACAGAGCUCAAGUUCCGCUAGUCAUUAAGUUAAUUGAUGUAAAUGACGAAAUUCCCAUUUUUGAGAAAGACGUUUAUGAGUUCAUUCUGGCGCCAGAUUUGAAAAGUUUUACUACUCCUGCAUUUAUUUGUGCAACAGACAAGGAUGCCACUGCGCCCAAUAAUGAAAUACGUUAUGAGAUUAUUAACGGCAACUACGAUAAUAAUUUUGCGCUGAAUAAAGUUACAGGGGAAAUAACUGUUAGAGAAAAAGUCAUUUUUAAAACUAGUAAAGAAUCAAUUCAAAGACAUCGUAGACAAGCGCCAACAACCCAAUCUGAAGACCAGAAUAUAUUUAUACUGACAGCACGGGCUUACGAUUUGGGCGUACCAAUUCGCUCAAGUACUUCUACAAUUCGUAUAUAUCCACCGGAGAGUCGUUCACGAUCUGUGACAUUCGUUGUUCCCGGCCUAAACCCAGACAAGAGGAAAACUGAGGAAACCUUAUCCACUAUAACGGGCGGUAAAGUAGUCAUCCACGAAAUUCGUCCACUUAGGAAAGACGAGCGCGGAGCACAGAAUACUCCAGCCUCCAGCAAUACCGAUAUUGAAGAUAGAAGUGUUGUCACAGCUACAGUCCUCUAUGAUAUAGCAUCGUUUGUUGAUAUUUCACAAAUUCAACAACGGCUUUCCCAACAAAACAGCUCGUUUGCCAUUAUGACAGGCCGAGAUAUGAAUACGAACCAGACGGACGUUCUUACUCCAUUGCAGACUUUAUACAAAGCUGAAAAUAAACUCCUGUUCUGGCUCUUAAUUCUCUUGGCUACCUUAGUUGCACUGACAAUACUUAUUUUACUCCUUUGUUGCAUAUGUUCCUGGUGUCCACUUUAUGGAGCUACAAGCAAAAGAAUAGUUAAUAUCAGUAGAACUGAAGACGAUGUUCACCUAGUGCAUAGGGAAAUGCCAAAUGGAAAACAAACAAAAUCUGUUCAGGUCGCCGAAUGGAUGGGAAGACGGGAGGCAUGGUCCGCGGACAAACCGGCAGAUCCUCGAACGAAGCCUACCCGUUGGGAGUUCUACAAUGGCCACCAACAGUUUGACGAAAACAUAAGCGAUGCUGUUUAUGCUACGGACGUAGGCAACGUUCGCAACCUUUCUGGAGAAACCCGGCGCAUACGUUCAGCAGACGAAAACCAGAGACGAGUUAAAAUAAACAGGAAUACUCGUGCAACCAAAGACGAUACUCAUCUUACUUUUCAUAAUUCUAGAACUAAUCUAAUUAGCGAUCGUGAUGUUUACAUUGAAGAUGUCAAUGAUGAUAGGGAGCUUAUCGAUGAAGAACAUAAAAAUUUUAGACGCAGCAAAACUAGCCGCCAACAAAGCAAACGGCACCGCAAUGAGGAAACUAUACAACUCCAAAAUCAGAUUGAUGACGACUCAAUGAGGCGGCAUGAGAUCGAUAGAGGUAGCGACAUCGAUUACAAUACAGCCAGAGGAAGCUUACGGAAUAAACGCGAAUUCUUCAUAAAAGAUGGAAAUAUUGAAAUUUUGCAACUAAUGACUAGGGACAAAACUCGAGAAAGUGCAGGUGCGGCUAAAGAUGAUAACAUAUAUGUAAAUGUUCCUCUCAAGAAUGCAAGCUAUUCACAACCACAUUUGCUAAUGGUCGACAAUAGUGGAAAAGAAAUUCUUAUGAGACGUUUUAUUGAGGAACAGCCAGAUGGUAAACAAAUCAUACGAGAGCAUUAUCAAAUCGUUCCGGGUGCCACUUACAUACAGUCGCUGCCAAACGAGAUACAACAGAAUUCUACAUUCAAAGCUGAUACAUUUCCACUGGAAAAAUCGGGUCCUAAUAGCAUUGUUUAUUCACAGACUGAACCAGAAGUUAAAGUAAUACACACACAGCCAGCCCAAGGUUCGAUUACUACCCUGCACAUGGACAGCUUUCAGAAUCAAAUGCAACCAGGCACUUCGAAUCAAUCGCUCACACAGGAAAUGGAGAAUUCUCUUAAACACCAAAAUGAGCUAUUACGUCAAAUCCUUUUGGAAAAGGAAAAAAUUGAAACGCGUUAUGUUCAACAUGAAGUUGCCCUCGAGACACAAAGUUUACCAGGGCAAUCCAUGGCCAUUGCCACACAGACGGAGUGCGAGGCCGGUACUCAAACUGAAGAAAACAAGGAAUAUGUACCAAGAGCAACACAGAGGCAUUCCGUAAGGCGCAGAGCUCGAAGUGAGAACGAUGACUCUGGAUCAGAUGACGACAACUAUGAAUUUAUUCGCCUAAGUUCCCCAAAUAGUCCCGAUGGAGUGGUGUAUUGUAUAAAGCGUAAGAAACAACGCCGUCUUGGCAAUUACCGUGGAGGCAAUCAACCACGCAAGCGUAUCGUUAUGGUAGAAGAAGUAAAACGAAAAAUACGUACGCCAAUAAAAGAAGAAGAUGAUGACGAAUAUGACAAGGCACGGAAAAGGUUGACGCCAAAAAAACCGCCACGCAGUAGUGGUCAGAAAAAAAAUAGUAUUCUGCGUCGCCUGAAAACCGAGGAAACUAAUCGAGAAGAGAGUAAUUCGCGUUCAAAAAAAAAUCUUCUGAAACACGAUGUUUUAAUGGAAAUAUCGGACUCACUAGAUGAGAAGUACAGCUCUAACGAGGGACAAAAAAGAAGAGAAAUACGAGUGGAACAACUAAAUUACUAUGAUAAUUCCGAAGCAGACCCCGAGGAAUACGAUCAAAUCAACGAUGUAGGGGAUUUCUCAAAUGAUUCGGAUGGUGCAGAAAUUGUUAUCAAAAGUAAUAGAUUCGCAUCAAACUACAAACAGAAAGGCUCGAGAGAGUUAUCAUCGCCAAAUGAGCAUCAGUUUGAGAUAUAUGUUGACAAUGCAGUAAGAGACGGAAAUGACAACCAGCAACGAAAUGGGUCAAAUUCAAGAUCGUCGCCAGAACAUCGAAACAAUGGCCGCCCAGAAGCUAAACCCAGACUGUCACGAAGUAACAGUUCUCGAGGCAGCAAUUCUUCUCAACAGGAUCCAACAAAACGAAAGAACAACGUUUCGCAGCACCACAAAGCUCAGGUAUCAAAAUUGAAAACUGAAAUACGAGAAGCGCAAAGCGAAACCGAUUUAUUGGAACAUGAUUACAUUUCUUAUAAAAGACCCCGCGCUGGCAGCGUGCCAAAAUAUAUGGAAUGGUAUUACGAUAAAAAGAAACCUCCAAUAAGCGGACGAACGUCUACGGAGUCAUCAAACAAAGGAACGCAGCAGUUGCGCAAAAAUUCAGAAAAAAAAAUAUCAAAGACACGCUUAAAUAUCAAGCACGUGGACGGCAUCCAACAGGAUGAAACCAAGUUUAGGCCUGAACCAGCUCCUCGCAAAUCACCUCUAAAAGAAGCACGAAUGCUUAAAGAAGACAUCGUUAAAAGCAAACAAUUGAAACCACAUAUAGAGACUGAUACCAGUCAUCCAUUACUACAACACUCCGAACAUCGUUUUGAACGUAAGAAUACACACGAAGUAGCUGUGCACCCCACAAAGCUGCCCCAUUAUAUUUAUCCUGAAACGCCACCCACUAUUGGUUCAAGCAAAGAACAAACAAAUUCCAAAAAUGUGAAGACCAAACCAUCGCCCAUUAAAGAGAAUAAGGUCAAAGACAAUAACUCUUCUAAGUUAAACCUUUACAUCGAAGAUUGCAAUGCACCACACCGGCAAAACGUAACAUCGAAUUCUUCCUCUACAUCUACUCAGAAACAACUCAACGUAUUAACCCUUGAAGACGAUCUGGAUUCCGGCAUUGCAAUGAAUUCACUGCUGAAUAGCAUGGGCCGUCGAAAUCCCAUAGCAGAAAAAAAAAGUGUUUUUUCAAUAGCCUAUGAUGAUGUAAGCCGUGUUCAGAAGAUUCCUUCCGGAGGUGAAUCUCCACCCUACUAAAUGAAUCUAUGUAUGGUAUAUACAUAUCAUUGAAUCGUUGAUUAUUUCUUACAUAAUGUGAUAUACAUACAAGAUCUGUACAAAAAGUGUGGCAUUUGUAUUUAUUAAGAAAGUGUUAUCCAUUAUAUGAUAAACAUUGUAACAAAGGUCUGUAAUUAUAUCCGAUAAUACUACGGUUAUAAAGGGUUUUAUUACUUUAAGAUUUUAAACCGUA